GCAUUCUCAUGAUAUAUCUCAAGAUGACUUCAACAAACCAUUUCAAUCGAUGUUUGAUAUCAUAUUCAAGCUAUCUUAGGAACCAAUCAAAAAGAAUCAACUUCAACUAUUCCACAACCUCAAAUAAUGUCGGCCCAUCAACCUUACCUCAAGAACCUCCAACGAAUCUACCUCUCAGAACACCAAGACAACCGAUCGUCAGACCUGGUGUGAUUCCAGCAUAUGAUGAAGCAAUAGCUUUCUUAAAACAAAAUUCAAAACAACUAGAAUUAAAACUAGGAGAACUACAAUUAAAACUUAAAGAAAACCCAAAUGAUGAAAAUCUUAAAAAAACCAUCACAAAACUUGAGAUUGAAAGUCAAAUUAAUGAUGUAAAUGUUAGAGUUCGUCAUAAAGCUGGACUUGGUGAUAUGUCUAAAGCUGUCUAUCGUCAUCUGAAAGAAAAGGAAUGGAGAGAAGCUGGUAGAUUAGGACGAUUGAUGGAAACCGUCCAUCGACUACGUGUCUUUCCUGAUAUCUUACCUGCAAUUGCUCCUACUGCAGAUCUUCGUGCCAAUUUCCAGAAUACUCCGAUCAGUGUUGGUACCUUUAUAAGUGCUUCAAAAUCCAUUACACCUCCCACAAUCCGUGUUCAAGUUUUCCAUCCAGAGGGAGAAUUGUAUACCCUAAUGAUGGUUGAUCCAGAUGUACCCGAUCCAUCUAAUCAAUCAUUCACCCCAUAUCUUCAUUGGCUCGUACCGAACCUACCCAUUUCUGCAACCUCAAGUCCAGAAUUAGCCAUUGACGAAACAAAUCUGACUCAACUUUCUUAUAUACCACCACAUCCAGCUCGUGGAUCAUCACUACAUCGUUAUACUUUAUUACUUUUUAAACAAUCUUCUAAACUGGAUUCUUUACCUGAACUUAAUCGAUUAGGUUUCUCAGCUCGUGAUUGGAUUCAGAGUACUAACAUGCAAGCUUCUGGAGUUAUAAGUUGGACUUGUAAAUGGAGAGAACAAGAAUCGAAGUUGAUUUCUAACAUUUACAAAAAUCAUCUCAACAUCCCUGAACCUUAUUAUGGAAGAACACCUAAACCUUAUUCUGGACAUGCUAGAUUAGCACCUUAUACUCCUCUACCUUUAACUCAUCGUCAUCCUCCUGUGAUUCCGUGGGAGAAAUCGGUUGAAGUUAAUAAAGAUACGUGAACUGUUUGAAUCGGAUAGGUUUCUAUUGGAUCUUAGAGUGUGAUUUCUUUCAGUUUUGAAAUUUAAAAAGAUCAUAACAGAGGUAUAUUAAAAAGAAUCUUCCAAGGAAAAAACAGUCAUGAUUUAUGGCAAAUAAGAAAACCUAGUGACAGAAUAUGCAGAAUAUCAUUUAGAGAUUUUUUUUGUUUUCUGAUUGAUUUGAAAUUGUAUGAAAGAUGUUUUGAAAAAAGCUGACUUUUUGAAUGAUUUAAUUGGUUCAAUGAUUUUUUGGGUAGUUCAAUUUUCAGUAAGAUGAGUAUUUAUCAUUUGAGGUAUUAUUGAAUAAGUUAUGAUGUUUAUGGUGAUAGAGUCAUGGUUGAGGAAUCAGGAGUUUUUAUAGAAUUGUAGGGUUUAUAUGGUGAAAUAGUCAUAUCAAUUUAACUUCUC